AUGGCGCUAAUGCCAAAAAGACCUCACAAGCGAAAGUCUAAGGCAGCUGCAUCAGUGAGACUGCCUCCACAGCCGCCUCCUCUUAUAACUCCGGCACCAGUUGCCCCUUUGUUAGGCCACAUUCCUCAUCUUUUAACUCCUUCAGCUUUCUCUCAAGAUACUCGAAUGUAUGGUAAUCCAAAUAUAAAGCUUACCCCGUCACAGCCAUAUGUUGUGCCAUCUCAACAUCAACAUGGCUUCGAUGAUCUCUCUAUUGACCCAGCUUUGCAAGCAGGUGAGCAACAGCUUGCUCCAACCCUGCAUCAAGAUAGGUAUGUCUCACUUGGGUCAUAUUGUUGUGUUGUUUGCUUUGGCUCACAAACCAUCUUCCCACUCAAGCAAUUCUGCUAG